UAGACACCUUUUUUUUUUUUUGAUCGUCACACAUUCCUUUGUAUCUUAUCCCCCAGGCUGCCAACCAUGUUGCGCAGAUUUUCUACAAAUUUCAAGAAAUCCAAGGGCGAGCGCGAGUCGAAUCCUAAUGGCUCCGUAGCCAAUGGCACCACCGCGGGCACUACCAGCAGCAGCAGCAGCAGCAGCAAACGUCAGUCCAAGCUGCCUCCACCACGCAAGUCAGUCUCGGACAGCAGUCCUGUAGACCUGAAGGAGGAUGCUCCCGCGGCAUUCGAGAAAUAUGGACAGGUCCUUCACGCCUCUGUGGCUCCCUUGCCUUACCAGGGUGGAGAAGCCGCCUACCUGGAGAAAGAACACCCAUCAGGCUUGUUCCACGACCUGAGGUCGCUGGGAAUCAAGGAUUAUGCGUCGCUUGGGGAUGUGAUUAAAACUCGGCUGAAGGGAGAGCUUGUGGAUGAUAAAACAAUGAUUAUGGAGCGAAUUAUUCAGAUCGUCAGCAGUCUUCCCGGAAAUUCGAAGAUGCGUGAAGACCUCACAAACAUGUUUUUGAACCAGCUUUGGGACUCGCUGCCUCAUCCUCCCCUCUCGUACAUGGGAGACGACUACGCAUACCGGAGCGCGGACGGUUCGAAUAACAACCCUACCCUUCCAUGGCUGGGUGCGGCCAACACUGCUUAUGCUCGCUCCAUUAGACCAUUGACCAUACAACCUGGUGGUCUGCCUGAUGCUGGCUUGGUUUUCGAUACGCUAUUCGCUCGUGAGAAGUUUAAUCCUCACCCUAACAAAGUUUCCAGCCUUUUCUUCGCCUGGGCGUCUCUGAUCAUUCAUGAUAUCUUCCAAACGGAUUACAGAGAUCCUAGCAAGAACAAGACCUCCGCUUACCUUGACCUGUCGAUUCUCUAUGGCGAUAAUCAAGACGAACAGGAUCUCGUCCGUACCUUCGAAGACGGAAAGUUGAAGCCAGACAGCUUCUCCGAGUCCAGACUGCAGGCUUUCCCUGCAGCUUGCUCUGUUCUCAUGGUUAUGCUAAGCAGAUUCCACAACUAUGUUGUUGAGGAACUAGCGGCCGUCAACGAGAACGGCCGCUUCACCAAGCCUAGACCUAAUCUCCCCGAGGAGCAGGCCAAGCAGGCCUGGGCUAAGUACGAUAAUGAUCUCUUCCAGACCGGACGACUUAUUACUUGCGGUUUAUACAUUAACGUUACCCUGUAUGAUUACUUGCGUACUAUUGUCAAUCUGAACCGGUCCAACAGCACUUGGUGUUUGGACCCUAGAGCACAAAUGCAGGGCCAAGAGACAACCCCCUCUGGUCUCGGUAACCAGUGUUCAGUAGAGUUCAACCUGGCCUACCGCUGGCACUCUGCGAUUAGCUACAAUGACGAGAAGUGGACCGAGAAGAUGUAUGAAGAGUUGAUCGGAAAGCCUGGAGAGGACAUCUCGAUGCACGAGCUUCUCAUGGGUCUGGGCAAAUAUGAGGCUAGCAUACCCAAAGAUCCUUCCAAGCGUACCUUCUCUGGUCUCAAGCGUCAGGAGGACGGUACUUUCAAGGAUGAGGAUCUCGUCAAGAUUCUUGCUGAUGCUGUUGAGGAUGUUGCUGGUUCAUUCGGGGCACGCAAUGUCCCUAAGGUUUUGAAGGCCGUGGAGAUCCUGGGUAUCGAACAGGGCCGCAGGUGGAACACUGGUUCUCUCAACGAGUUCCGCAAGUUCUUUGGCCUUAAGCCGUACGGCACAUUCGAAGAAAUCAACUCCAACCCUGAGGUUUCUGAUGCGCUGCGCACCUUGUACGGCCACCCAGACUACGUCGAGCUCUACCCUGGUAUUGUCUCUGAGGAGGCAAAGGAGCCCAUGGUUCCUGGUGUCGGAAUUGCGCCGACUUACACUAUCUCCCGUGCUGUCCUAUCUGAUGCCGUUGCGCUCGUCCGUGGUGAUCGCCACUACACCGUUGACUACAACGCAAGGAACUUGACUAACUGGGGUUACAACGAGGUCCGCUACGAUCUUAACAUCAACCAGGGCUGUGUGUUCUACAAGCUUGCCCUGCGUGCAUUCCCCCAGUACUUCAAGCCUGAUUCCAUCUACGCCCACUACCCCAUGACCAUCCCCAGUGAGAACCAGAAGAUCAUGAAAGAUCUGGGAAGAGAGGCUGAUUACUCAUACGACCGUCCCACAUUCACUGAACCCCAUGUCAACUUGACCUCGUACGCCAAUGUCAAGCUGGUCCUCGAGCAGCAGAAGGACUUUCGUAUUAUCUGGGGUGACUGCACCGCCAUUCAUCAUGGCAAGGGUGGUGAGGACUUCUGGAGCAAGGCUCUAAACAAUGAUGAGUGGAAGCAGAAUAUCAGGGACUUCUACGAGAACACAACCCUGAAGCUGCUCGCCGAGAAGUCUUGCACUCUUGCAGGCAAUAAGCGGGUCGAUAUCGUCAAGGACGUCGGAAACCUAGUGCCCGUGCACUUUGCCUCCAAACUUCUUUCUCUGCCUCUCAGGGACAAGGCGAACCCUAAGGGUGUUUUCACCGAGUACGAGAUGUACAUAGCCCUCGUAGUUAUGUACACUGGUAUCUUCUUCGACGUAGACCCCAGCAAGUCGUUCCCUCUUCGAAAGGCUGCGAACGCGGUCUCUGAGCAGCUUGGCCAGCUGGUUGAGAGCCACGUCAAGUCCGUCAACUCCAGUGGUUUCCUCUCCAGUAUCAUCCACAACCUCCACGAUGAGCACAAUGUCCUUAAGGAGUUCGGUGACCAGCUCAUCCACCGUCUACUGGAGGGCGGCCUGGGGGUUUCUGAGGUCACGUGGGGCCAGAUUAUGCCUGCCGCUGUGGAAAUCGUCCACGGCCAGGCUCGCAUGUUCGCCCAAGUCAUCCAGUACUACCUCAACGAGGGCAAGGCGCAUCUCCCUGAAAUCAACGAGCUCGCCCGGAACGACACCCCCGAAUCCGACGAGACGCUGUCGCGUUACUGCUUGGAGGCUAUCCGCCUGAACGGUGGCACUGGAACCUACCGCAAAGCCGAGACGGACCUCUACGUGAAGGAAGGUGACAAUGAUGUGAACAUCAAGCCUGGCGAUGAGAUCUUCAUUGGCUCGAUUGAGGCUAACCGCAACGCGUCCGUCUUCCCCGACCCUAACGAAGUCCGCCUCGACCGACCUCUAGACGCCUAUCUCUCCUACGGCAUUGGUGCCCAGAGUGGUCUCGGCAAGGAAGCCACUCUCAUCGCUCUGACGGCCAUGGUUCGUGCCGUCGCCCGCUUGGACAAACUCCGUCCCGCUCCUGGUGCCCAAGGCAUCAUGAAGACGAUCCCUCGCCCUGGCGGCUACACCGCGUACCUGCGCGAGGAUCAUGGCGCUUACGUCGAUUAUCCAACCACCUUCCGUGUGCACUACAAUGGUCAGGUGCCUACCUUCCAGAAGAAGGUUACAUAGUGCAUAAGCAGCUUGAUCCUCAAGAUAUAUGUAAUAUGUGGAAUUUUUUGAUUACGAUAUCCAAUUUGGUUUUUUUUUUUUUUUUUUUUU